AUUUACUCUAUUUUUGCUGAUCAUUCUGAGGCGCAGAACAUCAAAACUGAGACUUUAAAUAUGUUUCUUUGGCUUGUUAUUGUCUUAACGAUUUCAGCUUCUGUCUCUUCAUAUGAACACAAACUCAAUUGGGUAGUUCCUCCUGCAAAUUCUUCUGAGAGUUUCAAUGAUUGGGCUUCUAAUAAACGGUUCCAAGUCGGAGACAUCAUUCAAUUCAAGUACAAGAAAGACUCAGUGAUGCAAGUGACGAAGGAGAGUUACAAGCAAUGCAAUUCGUCGCACCCGAGAUUCUACUCGAAUACGGGCAAAACCAGGUUCAUGUUUGAUCACUCUGUCCCUUACUAUUUCAUAAGCGGAACCUCUGGUCAUUGCGAGAAAGGUCAGAAGAUGAUCGUCGAGGUCAUAUCUCGCGACCAUACCACCACGUCUGCUGCUCCUCCAGCUGCCUUUGCUGUUUUGUUAUGCUUCUUCAGCCUCUCUUUAUAUUUUGUAGCUUAG